AUGGCCGCCUUACAAGUUCCCGGGCUAUCUGAGAAUGUUCAUUUACAUUUGGUCAUCGCCGGCCUACACGAGUCCUCCAGGUUGGCUAAAUCCGUAUACAAAGACCCAGUCCGAACUCUAGUUGAGUUCACUGCACGGUCCAAAAAAUAUUUGGAGCUCGAACAUAUGGAGAUUGAAAACGCAAACCCAAGGCAACACCACGGCCAGAUGGAAAAACUUGGAAAUCGAAGGCAAAAUGAUUUCCGGGGUAAAAGGCCAGAAGAGAAAGUUUCAACAAAAGUAAGAUUUGACAGAUAUGCACCUCUGAAUUCGUCCAGAUCCCAAAUUUGGAGGGAGGUAGCAUCCACCGAAAUGAAAAGGGUGGAUAGGCAACGGCCAUUACUGAAUCCAGCCAGUCUGGACCAGUCUCGAUAUUUCGCGUUCCACGAUGGCCCUGGUCACACAACCGAUGAAUGCUGGGAUCUUAGAGACGCAAUUGAAAGAUAUAUCAGAGAAGGAAAGUUGCGUCAGUAUUUGAUAAGAACUCAGGGAUGGAAGAAUAAUAAGAAGAGGAGAGGACGAUUUGCCAGCCCGUCCCGGGAAAAGAAGUUCAGGGAUGAGGGCCGAGGUAAGAAGCCGGCCAAAGAAGAGGAUGAAUUCAUAGAACUUGAAUUUGAAUGCAAUGUUAUUAGCGAGGGUUUUGGUGGAGGAGGUGAUACCAUGAAUGCCAGGAAGAAGUACUUAAGAGAGGUGCUUUCAAUACGAGAGCGACCUAAGUUUAAAGAAGCCGAACCGGAAGCACCACUACUAUUUUUUACUAAGAAAGAGUUAGAGGACGUCAUGCCGGGACACGUUGACGGGUUAGUUAUCACCGGUACAUUAGUCAACUGUAAAGUCAAGAAAAUAUUUGUGGAUAACGGCAGUUGUGCCAACAUAAUUUUGUGGCAGGCAUUCCAGAAAAUGAACCUGGAUGUGGAAGAUUUGAAACCCUGCAACACGGGUUUGAUUGCAUUCAAUGGUCGUGAUAUUAUCCCUAAGGGGUACAUUGACCUGAGGCUUACCAUGGGAACAAAGGAGGCCUACAAGUCGGAAAUGGUAAGAUUCAUAGUAGCUGACUUCCCGUCGGAGUAUAACGUAAUUCUGGGAAGGCCAACUAUCCACGAUUGGGAUAUGCUGGUCUCCACCAAGCAUCAGAAGCUCAAGUUGAUCGAUAAGCAUAAAACGGUCAUCACCAUUGCUGGGGAUCAAAAAGAAUCUUGGGACAGCUAUUUUAAGUCAGUUAGAGCAGUAGGAAAUAAUCUUAAGACUCCUGCCGGGGUGAACCCCAAUAAUAAGCAGGAUAGUUCGGGGAAGAAGGGAACAACAUCGAUUAACUUGGUGGAGUUGGACAUGAGGGAUGAAACUCAGAUCCCGAGGCCGGAACCCGAUAGAGAGCUGGAGGAGGUAGUCAUUGGAGAAGAAACUCAAGCUGCCAAAAUCGGAAAGGGGCUGGCGAAUGAGGACAAAAUUUGA